GCUUGUUUGUAAUCACGUCUAACUUAGCCUCUUGUACAGUUCCCAGAUAUUUUUCCUUGUACUUGCCAAGUACAAAAACAAAAUGCAGAGAACAUCUUCAAACAAGGCUUUAAAACACAGCCUUAAGAUAACAGCAAUACAAGGCUCAUUUUUAGACCAAACUGGUUAAAAAAAAAAUUACAAUCACUACUCACUGAAUGUUCUAAAUGUAUCUGAAAAACUCACCAGGGGCUCUGAAUAGUCAUAGACGUCCUGGUGCCAUCAUUUGUGAUAGAUAUUCUUGACAGCAGUGUUAUUCCCCCUUAAUGGGCUGAUGUGGGUGAACUAGGGUCUUGAGACUCUGAGAAGUGAGUGUUCUUGGAUUAUGGGCCUCGAUACAUCUGGAAAGCCCCUCUUAGGUCCUUUGCAGAGCUUUUAUCAUUAUAUCGAAAGAACUUUCAAGGCCUCCAGGUUAGCACACAGGCUUUUCAUCUCCUAGGGAGGUUUCACUUACAUUCCCCUUUGUUGACGACUAAGGAAAAGGCAAACAUCUAAUUUAAGUCCUAAUUUGCUGAUUUUUUUUUUUUACUCCCUAAUUGGUAUUUAACUCUCAUACCUGUCUUAAUCUGUAAACUAUGCAUAAUCAUUUUGAUUCAUUUUUGUGGGGAGUAGAAAUCUGGACUAAAUUAUUAUAUUUCCAUGAAAUGUCACUAAUAGUUUCAAAUCCAUGAACUUAGACAGGGAGCGAGGAAAUGUGAAAUGCAGCCUGUGGUUUUCUCAUUAAAUGGCAUUGUGUGUUGCAAACAUUGUUUAGAGCUUCAUUUUGUUUAAUAUGGGUGUGUGAUUUCUGGACACAGAGGGUUGUUUAAAAAGGUAGGAAAUGUGCCCUGUGAGUCCCUUUGCUUAAGAUGACAGGAUUAAUAUUAAUGGAGCGCUACACACAGGUGUAGAGCUGUAGGGUUUUAGAGCUCUGUAUUCCACUCCUGAAAACGAGUCAAUUCUAAAACCUCUGCUUAAUCAGACCCACCACGGACAACUCAGAUGAUGAUUUCACAGCUGGUACCACAGCACAGAUUUUCCUACAGCAUCUCUCACCCUCUCCCCUUCCCUCUUAAUCCCUUUUUACCUUUUCCUCCUGGAAGGACCUGGCCUUAUUCAAAAUGGAGAGAGAAUGUUCCAUUUCAGAAAGAAAUGAAAAUGCGUCUGUUGCCAUUGCAACAGAUAAGCAACCAGACAACUCUUUUCAACCAGGAGGGAUUUUAGGCCUUCUUCCCUUUAAUAAGGAGCAAGGUCACUGUUUCAGUGUUUUUAAAUUUGGGACACCCCCAUUGGCUCUCUCUCAUCUGAUCAAGGAAAUUUCUGAACAGGAGGACAGCUCAGUCUGGUAAAACAACUAACACAAAACUGUUGAGAGACUGUUGGGUUUCCUUCUAAUGAGCAGAAGGCAGAUAGAUGAACCAAGGCCGAGGUGUCGGGGAAUAUUCGCCACACAGGUGAUCAUCCUCUCUGCGUUUACUGCUGUAUCAUCGUGCUGGCCUCGGGAGUGUGAGGGUAAAAUGAACACCCCACUUCUGCCUCUCUUCCCUUCCAACGACUCUCCUCUGCUGUGUCCCCAUAGGACAGGCUGUCACAGACGCUUAAUUGCGGUUAGAGCAGCAAGUAUCAAACUGGAGAUUUUAACUAUCCUGAUUCCUAGGCCCCAGCCAGGCCAAUUAAAUUAGACUCUGAAGAAUAUCAGCAUUAAAAAAAAAAAAAUUAAGGAACUCGAACGUGCAGCCAAGUUUGAGAACCAGUGGGCUAAUCCGCGCAAGCCCGAGAAGGAAUUAGCGUGGCAUCUGACAAAGAGGUGAAGCUCUACCCCGCCCCCUCCCAAGGAUACUUAGGAGACCGUUGUUGCUGCAAAGAGGAGAAAGGGAAGAAAGAGAAAAGGAAGGAAGACAAAGUUGCAUGCUUCCUGUCUUUCUCCAAGUCAACUGGAGUCUCCCACUGUGGGAACAGAGGCUUGCACCUGCUUCUGGGGUGUGGUUGGUCCGCAGGUCUGGGGGACUGGACUGGGCGGGGUGGGGUGACUGGCGGUAACCACCUAGCGGCGCAUCAAUAGCCCCAGGCGUGGGCCGUGUGCCCCCAGAGAAGGCGGCGCCUGGGGGUGGUGGAGAGCAAUUUGGGGGCGCAAAAGGAAGCUGGUUCGGGCGCAGGUGGCGCUCGCAGCCCCAACCGACAGUUCAGCCAAUCGCGGACGCAAGCGCAGCCUGGUGGCGGCGGCGGUAACGGGGCGCAGGGUUCUGGCAGGAGCCAGCGGAGGCAAAGGCGGCGCCAACCGAGAGCUGCGCACCGGCUGGAGUGAGACCCGGUGGCGCGAGGCGGGAGCGAGAGCUCGGCGCCCGGGUGUUGCCCGGCAGAGCGAGGCGAACUUAGCAUGGGGAAGAAGUGGAGGGAUGCGGCGGAGGUGGAGCGGGGCUGCUCUGACCGCGACGACAACGCGGAGAGCCGCAGGCGCAGCCGGAGCGCCAGCCGGGGCAGGUUUGCCGAGUCGUGGAAAAGGUUAAGUUCCAAGCAGGGAUCCACCAAGCGCUCGGGACUCCCAUCGCAGCAGACGCCGGCUCAGAAAUCCUGGAUAGAAAGAGCAUUUUAUAAAAGAGAAUGUGUUCACAUCAUACCCAGCACCAAAGACCCCCAUAGGUGUUGCUGUGGGCGUCUGAUCGGCCAGCAUGUGGGCCUCACUCCCAGUAUCUCCGUUCUUCAGAAUGAGAAAAAUGAGAGUCGCCUCUCCCGAAAUGACAUCCAGUCCGAGAAGUGGUCCAUCAGCAAGCACACACAGCUCAGCCCGACGGAUGCUUUCGGGACCAUCGAGUUCCAAGGAGGUGGCCAUUCCAACAAAGCCAUGUAUGUGCGAGUGUCCUUCGACACAAAACCUGAUCUCCUUCUGCACCUGAUGACCAAGGAAUGGCAGCUGGAGCUUCCCAAGCUUCUCAUCUCCGUGCACGGGGGCCUGCAGAACUUCGAACUGCAGCCAAAACUCAAGCAAGUCUUCGGGAAGGGGCUCAUCAAAGCGGCCAUGACCACCGGAGCGUGGAUCUUCACCGGAGGGGUUAACACAGGUGUUAUUCGCCAUGUUGGAGACGCCUUAAAGGACCAUGCAUCCAAGUCUCGAGGGAAGAUAUGUACCAUAGGCAUCGCCCCCUGGGGAAUUGUGGAAAACCAGGAGGACCUGAUUGGAAGAGAUGUUGUCCGGCCAUAUCAGACCAUGUCCAACCCCAUGAGCAAGCUCACUGUUCUCAACAGCAUGCAUUCCCACUUCAUCCUGGCCGACAACGGGACCACCGGGAAAUACGGAGCUGAGGUCAAGCUGCGGCGACAACUGGAAAAGCACAUUUCUCUCCAGAAGAUAAACACAAGAUGCCUGCCGUUUUUCUCUCUUGACUCCCGCUUGUUUUAUUCAUUUUGGGGUAGUUGCCAAUUAGACCCAAUUGGAAUCGGUCAAGGCGUUCCGGUGGUGGCGCUCAUUGUGGAAGGAGGACCCAAUGUGAUCUCGAUCGUCUUGGAGUACCUUCGAGACACCCCUCCCGUGCCUGUUGUUGUCUGUGAUGGGAGUGGACGGGCAUCUGACAUCCUGGCAUUUGGGCAUAAAUAUUCAGAAGAAGGCGGACUUAUCAAUGAAUCUCUGAGGGACCAGCUGCUGGUGACCAUCCAGAAGACUUUCACGUACACUCGGACCCAAGCCCAGCAUCUGUUCAUCAUCCUCAUGGAGUGCAUGAAGAAGAAGGAAUUGAUUACGGUAUUCCGGAUGGGAUCAGAAGGACACCAGGACAUUGACUUAGCUAUCCUGACAGCUUUGCUCAAAGGAGCAAAUGCCUCGGCCCCCGACCAGCUGAGCUUAGCUCUAGCCUGGAACAGAGUGGACAUCGCUCGCAGCCAGAUCUUUAUUUAUGGGCAGCAGUGGCCGGUGGGGUCUUUGGAGCAAGCCAUGUUGGAUGCCCUAGUUCUGGACAGAGUGGAUUUUGUGAAAUUACUCAUAGAGAAUGGAGUAAGCAUGCACCGUUUUCUCACCAUCUCCAGACUAGAGGAAUUGUACAAUACGAGACAUGGGCCCUCAAACACAUUGUACCACUUGGUCAGGGAUGUCAAAAAGCGAGAAUAUCCAGGUUUCGGUUGGAUCUAUUUUAAGGGGAACCUGCCUCCGGAUUACAGAAUCAGCCUGAUCGACAUCGGCCUGGUGAUCGAGUACCUGAUGGGCGGGGCUUACCGCUGCAACUACACGCGCAAGCGCUUCCGGACGCUCUACCACAAUCUCUUCGGCCCCAAGAGGCCCAAAGCCUUGAAACUACUGGGAAUGGAGGAUGAUGUCCCCCUGAGGCGAGGAAGAAAGACCACCAAGAAGAGAGAAGAAGAGGUGGACAUUGACUUGGACGACCCUGAGAUCAACCACUUCCCUUUCCCUUUCCACGAGCUGAUGGUGUGGGCCGUCCUGAUGAAGAGACAGAAGAUGGCCCUGUUCUUCUGGCAGCAUGGCGAGGAGGCCAUGGCCAAGGCCCUGGUGGCCUGUAAACUUUGCAAAGCCAUGGCUCAUGAGGCUUCAGAGAAUGACAUGGUUGACGACAUCUCCCAGGAGCUGAACCACAACUCCAGGGACUUCGGCCAGCUGGCUGUGGAGCUCCUCGACCAGUCGUACAAGCAGGAUGAACAGCUGGCCAUGAAGCUGCUGACGUACGAGCUGAAGAACUGGAGCAAUGCCACCUGCCUGCAGCUCGCCGUGGCGGCCAAGCACCGCGACUUCAUCGCGCACACGUGCAGCCAGAUGCUGCUCACGGACAUGUGGAUGGGCCGGCUGCGCAUGCGCAAGAACUCGGGCCUCAAGGUAAUUCUGGGAAUUCUACUUCCUCCUUCAAUUCUCAGCUUGGAGUUCAAGAACAAAGACGACAUGCCCUACAUGUCUCAGGCCCAGGAAAUUCACCUUCAAGAGAAGGAGCCAGAAGAGCCAGAGAAGCCCACAAAGGAAAAAGAUGAAGAGGACAUGGAAUUGACAGCAAUGUUGGGACGCAACAACGGGGAGUCUUCCAGAAAGAAGGAUGAAGAGGAAGUUCAGAGCAGACACAGGUUGAUCCCCCUGGGCAGAAAAAUCUAUGAAUUCUACAACGCACCCAUCGUGAAGUUCUGGUUCUACACCCUGGCGUACAUCGGGUAUCUGAUGCUCUUCAACUACAUCGUGUUGGUGAAGAUGGAGCGCUGGCCUUCCACGCAGGAGUGGAUCGUCAUUUCCUACAUAUUCACCCUGGGAAUAGAAAAGAUGAGAGAGAUUCUAAUGUCGGAACCAGGGAAGUUGCUGCAGAAAGUGAAGGUGUGGCUGCAGGAAUACUGGAACGUCACAGACCUGAUAGCCAUCCUUUUGUUCUCUGUCGGAAUGAUCCUUCGUCUCCAAGACCAGCCCUUCAGGAGUGAUGGGAGGGUCAUCUACUGUGUGAACAUCAUUUAUUGGUACAUCCGUCUACUAGACAUCUUCGGCGUGAACAAGUAUUUGGGCCCCUAUGUAAUGAUGAUUGGAAAAAUGAUGAUAGACAUGAUGUACUUUGUCAUCAUUAUGCUGGUGGUACUGAUGAGUUUUGGGGUCGCCAGGCAAGCCAUUCUCUUUCCCAAUGAGGAGCCAUCAUGGAAACUGGCCAAGAACAUCUUCUACAUGCCCUACUGGAUGAUUUAUGGGGAAGUGUUUGCGGACCAGAUAGACCGUAAGCAAGUUUAUGAUUCUCAUACACCAAAGUCAGCUCCCUGUGGACAGAAUGAGACCCGAGAGGAUGGCAAAAUAAUUCAGUUGCCUCCCUGCAAGACGGGAGCCUGGAUUGUGCCGGCCAUCAUGGCCUGCUACCUUUUAGUGGCAAACAUCCUGCUGGUCAACCUGCUCAUCGCUGUCUUCAACAAUACAUUCUUUGAGGUAAAAUCCAUAUCCAACCAAGUGUGGAAGUUUCAGAGGUAUCAGCUUAUCAUGACUUUCCACGAAAGGCCAGUUCUGCCCCCACCUCUGAUCAUCUUUAGCCACAUGACCAUGAUCUUCCAGCAUCUGUGCUGCCGAUGGCGAAAACACGAGAGCGACCCAGACGAGAGGGACUACGGCUUGAAAUUGUUCAUAACUGAUGAUGAGCUCAAGAAAGUACACGAUUUCGAAGAGCAGUGUAUAGAGGAAUAUUUCAGAGAGAAGGAUGAUCGAUUCAACUCAUCCAAUGACGAGAGGAUACGGGUGACUUCGGAAAGGGUGGAGAACAUGUCCAUGCGGCUGGAGGAAGUCAAUGAGAGGGAGCACUGCAUGAAGGCCUCGCUCCAGACCGUGGACAUCCGACUGGCGCAGCUCGAGGACCUCAUUGGGCGCAUGGCCACGGCCCUAGAGCGCCUGACAGGUCUGGAGCGGGCCGAGUCCAACAAAAUCCGCUCCCGGACCUCGUCUGACUGCACAGACGCCGCCUACAUCGUUCGCCAGAGCAGCUUCAACAGCCAGGAGGGGAACACCUUCAAGCUCCAAGAGAGUAUAGACCCUGCAGGUGAGGAGACCAUGUCCCCAACUUCUCCAACCCUAAUGCCCCGUAUGAGAAGCCAUUCUUUCUAUUCAGUCAAUAUGAAAGACAAAGGUGGUAUAGAAAAGUUGGAGAGUCUUUUUAAAGAAAGGUCCCUGAGCCUACACCGGGCUACUAGCUCCCACUCUGUAGCGAAAGAGUCCAAAGCUCCUGCAGCCCCCGCAAACACCUUGGCCAUUGUUCCUGACUCUAGAAGACCGUCUUCGUGUAUCGACAUCUAUGUCUCUGCCAUGGAUGAACUCCACUGUGAUAUGGACCCUCUGGACAAUUCCAUGAAUAUCCUUGGCCUGGGAGAGCCCAGUUUUUCAGCUCUAGCACCUUCCACAGCUCCUUCAAGUAGUGCCUAUGCAACUCUUGCACCCACAGACAGACCUCCAAGCCGGAGCAUCGAUUUUGAGGACAUCACCUCCAUGGACACGAGAUCUUUUUCUUCAGACUAUACGCACCUCCCAGAAUGCCAAAACCCCUGGGACACUGACCCUCCAAUGUACCAGAGCAUCGAGCGCUCCAAAAGUAGCCGCUACCUAGCCACCACUCCCUUUCUUCUAGAAGAGGCCCCCAUUGUGAAAUCUCAUAGCUUUAUGUUUUCUCCGUCGAGGAGCUAUUACGCCAACUUUGGAGUGCCCGUGAAAACAGCAGAGUACACAAGUAUUACAGACUGUAUUGACACAAGGUGUGUCAAUGCCCCUCAAGCGAUUGCUGACAGGGCCACCUUCCCUGGUGCCCUGGGAGGCAAAGUAGAGGAUCCAUUGUGCUGCCAUCCUGAGCGAGAAGCAGAACUGAGUCACCCCAGCUCUGACAGCGAGGAGAACGAGGCCAAAGGCCGCAGAGCCACCAUCACAGUACCCUCCCAGGAGGGUGAUAACUCAGACAGAACCCUGUCCAACAACAUCACGGUUCCCAAGAUAGAGCGUGCCAACAGCUACUCGGCAGAGGAGCCAAGUGCAUCAUAUGCACACACCAGGAAGAGCUUCUCCAUCAGUGACAAGCUCGACAGGCAGCGGAACACAGCAAGCCUGCGAAACCCCUUCCAGAGGAGUAAGUCCUCCAAGCCAGAGGGACGAGGGGACAGCCUGUCCAUGAGGAGACUGUCGAGAACAUCCGCCUUCCACAGCUUUGAAAGCAAGCACAACUAAACCUUCUUAGUCAGCACUGCAGGAGGCUCAAGAAUCCAGCCCUGAAAUUCUCCCUGAACUCCACCUGUUCCCCUUCCUUGAAGCUUACCUGCUUUAUUCUUAGCUGAGCAAAACAAGCAAUGCCUUGGGAGGUGUUAACUCGAAGAUGACCUCUGGGCCGCAGAUCAGGAAAGCACUUGGUCUAGCCCAGUGCCAAACACAGGGGCUUUAAGUCAUGUUCACACUCGAUGGGUAGGGUGGGAAAAGAGGGAGAAGAAGGGGUGCGGUGAGCGUGUAGGUCUAGCGACUUCAGAAAGCCAUGAGCUCUGGGAAUGAAGGGGCUUCACGCACUCUCCAUGCCAGGAGGCAUCUUUCCAUUUCUGACCAUUACCAAGAGUUUUAGGAUACAGGGCUAAAUUGCAAAAUAAGAUAAAAUAAAGUAGCCAGCAUACAAAUGAGAUAUUCUAAACUUCAAUUCUGUUUUCUUUUCACAUUGGCUCCAUCACUGGUGACUGAUGAAGAGCAUCCUUUUUAUUCAGUAUAAGCCGGCAGCAAGCAGUUCUACCUAACGUCCCACAUCCUUCUCAUGCCAACACUUCUGUAAUUGAUCAUUAUAAAGAAAAAACAAGGUAACAGUCAUAGUUCACCUGUCUCUUCUAUAUUCACUUCUGGUGCCACAACUGUUUAUCUUUCUUGAAGAAAAUAAAGGGAACAGAAAUGCCUUUUUGUGUUGCAAGCAAAAUGAAAGAAGAAUUGAGGCUAAAAACAAGGGUCAAGUAGUUUAUUACAGAUAGUGGGCAUUCGAGUAUAGUCGAGCAAGCUCAGGAUGAAUGUAAUUAAAUAAUUUUAUAUUUUUAAUUUAUUUUGUACCUCACUUGUCAUCAAUGAAGUCACUCACUGAAUCUGUGAUAGUGAACUGAAAGAAAGAAAUAUAUAUAGUGGGCAGAACUCACCUAAAAUUGCCAUGUGGUAUACUGUUACAUUCUCACCCUUCGUGUCCCGUGUCAUGCUGCUGUGUGAUUGUCAUCAUUUGCAUGGCUCCCCCAUGUCUUCUGAACAUUUCCAAGAUGUACCUAGAAAUUCUUCACACCACUCAUCACAUGACCAUUUUGUAUAUGAAGAUCUGAUCACACGUGGAUAUUUUCAUACCUAGAGUUUUGCCGUUUAAUCUGAGCUCAGCAUAAAUUUAAUUGGAGUUUUUCAAGGGCUGGUAUCUUUUAUAUGGAAAUGUUCCAAAGUACUUUUUAAGGAAGUUUCAAAUCAUAAAUAAUCUUAGAAUUGACUGGGAAUUUGGUACAACCCAAAGCCAUCAGUUGCAGGCCUACCAUGAAUAUUUUUCUUAUAUGUAGAGCUAUAAAAAUGAUAGAGUAGACCCAAGUAGAAAGCAAACCACAUAAAGACUUCUAUAGUAUAUGCUGCUUAUAUACCUAUAUAUGCAUUUACACAGAGACAUGUUUAUAUAUAGUAUAUAGACAGGCAUAUAGAGCUUUCUUCAGAGGCUUGGACUUUUCUAUCACCUUGAGGUAUAAACCAGGAUUUUUAAUACCCAAGGAGUUCCAUUGAAAGAGCUCAUUCUGUUAAGUUGAAUUUUGACAGAUGUUGAAAUUAUGUUUUUGUUUUUUUUUUAAAUCCCUAUGACCUUAACUCUUCCUUGUCCCAAACUAAAGUUGCCAAAAUGACUGGCUACCUGCCCUUUGCUUCUUUUCUGUCCGGAAACACUUGCUGCGAUGACAUCUUAUUUAGUCUGGUUUCUCCUGCACGAAGUGAUUACGCCAAGUACAGUCUGAAUUAGACAUGCAAUUCUAAACCAGAUAGUAUUACGGACUCUUUAAUACAGACGUACGCUACUAGGUCAGAAUCUGGAUUUGAAGGGGGAUAAAGCAAUAUUGACCCUCAAAUCUUCCAAUUCCUUCUUGUGUCCCUGAUUUUCAAAAGAAUAAAAUCUUUAAGGAAAAUGACCUAAUAUUCUCGGCCCCCAAAAUACUAUGUGGUUCUCCCGUUGAGUUGUCAUUGGGAGCUCCAAAUUUUCUUAUUAUGUGAAAUCAAGUAAAUAUGUGGACUAAAGCUCUAGCCUGUAAGGCUUUGUGUUUGUUUGUUUUUUUUUUUUAAACCCCUCUGAACAAACCUUUUGGCUAUAGAAAUAGUUAUGAGGCCACAUACAAAGAAUUAAAGAAUUCCUUCUCACUCUUUGGCAUUUGAGUAAAUCGGACACAAGCAACCAGACUCCCUCGUGUGUGAUUGCUCUAGAAAUGCUUACAUUUUUAUUGAGCCCCACAUUGGCUGUUUCCCUUUCAGCAAAUAGGCAUUUGGUCUGAGAAUAAAUCAGUUGCCCUUAAACUUCCUUGAGCCAUGCAUCUCAGUGAGAAUCUGAUGAAAUCUCUGGGCCCUCUCCCCAGAAGAAAAUGUAUAUACAUGCAGCAUUGCAAUGUAACUUGAAAGGAGGAUCCAUGAACCCCUGGUUCCAGUUGCUUGAUAAUGAGGAAGAGGAACCAUGUUUGUUCAUAAUCGAUACGAAGUCCAAAUAGGCACUUUACAUUUGAGACCAUUUCUCUGUGAUUCUCAGGAAGGCCAAGUCUCAGCACCAGAGUUGGAACCAAGAUUUUGUUCUUUUCGUCCCUUAGAUUAUAUUUUGCUAUUUUGAUAUACUUGUAUCCUAAUGUUUGAUGAUUUAAGAAGCCAGAGGCUCUCUGAGUGAGUCUGUAGAGGAAUCCAGGAAGGAGGCAAAACCAUUAUUCUUUGACCACAGAGCAGGACAUCAUGGUACCUCUAGGGCCCCAUUCUGGAAAGCGAGGGAAAGAAAUUAUGUGCACAAGUGUUUCCAUUCAUCAUGAUUUCUGGAGAGAGCAGAACAGGACUGGGGAAAUGCAGUCCUUGCCAGUCCAGACCUCGUGACUGCCUGGUCCUUUUGUCGUACAGGAAAACGAAGCUCUUACCUCUUUGUGAUGUGUGCAAAAUAUAUAAGCCAAAUUUAAAUUACUUUAAAUGUAAACCGUGCAAUUCUCAUGAGCCAUUUCUUUCCUGUGCACAUACAUGUGUAUUCUGUCUCAAUCCAUUUCUUCCCAUUUCUGGGUUCUCCGCGCCCCGACAUGGCAUUGACUCCAUGGUCUUGUGCAGUCAAGCUCGUGUUCAGCUCAUUUAUUCCAUCCCGUCCCUGAUCAAGGGGACGUUAAUUACCUGUCUCUAUGAGUUAAGCAGCUCAUGGGCAGCACAUUAUUGAGGAACAUAAAUAAAGUCAGAGAGAGCUCACAGCAGUAAUAGCUUUGGUUUCAUCAUCUGCUUCUGAGGUGCCAAUUUUUACAUGUACUAUACGUCAUGAUUUGUUCUAAGUCACUUGUUCCUUUUGAAAAAAAAAGAAAGAAAGAAAAGGGUGUUUUAUGAAAAUGGCCAUGGAAAUUCCCUGAUUGACCCAUACUUACAGUUAGAAACUUCCUCCUUGACGGAUUUGAAUGAGGGGCUGGAAAACUUGGGCACAGUUGCCAUGGCUAGUUCAUACAUUUCUGCAAGCCAGAGGUGUAUUAGCAGGCAGAACACAGCACUUUACCAGAACUGGCUUUCCUUUUAAGUCUAAACUUCCAGGUCUAGGAUAUAUAUUUAGCACUUUGAAAGUUCUCCUUAAAAAAAUACAUAUACACACACACAUACACACACACACACAUAUGUAUGUAUGUAUAUGUGUGUGUGUGUGUGUGUAUACACACACAUAUAUAUGUGAAUAUAUAUAUAUGAAUAAUCCAGUGGGAAAAAGGUACUUGUAAAAACACACAGUGUGUUUCUUCUGAAUGUUUCAAAUGUAUUCUCAAAGAUGGUUUCUAUAGAUAAUAUUAUGGUAGAUAACUGGAUAGUACAUUCAUUCGACUUUCUGAGGCUCUGCAGUCUAAUCUUCCUGAAUGUUUGGCUGUGUGACUUCUGUCUUGGCAAUCAAUAUUAUCCAGUCAUCCAUCAUGCGCCAUCUAUAGACUGUGCCAUCCAAAGUGUCGAGCCAUGCUGUAUUAUAAAACACACAUACACAUAUAUGUAACCCGUGUUUCACCCGGCAUAGUUGUAGCAUGUGGUUGUAUUAAUGAACGUCACUGGCCAGUCUGUGACAUUCAGUAAAGAAGCACAUGUCGCAAGGAUUAAGUAUGUGCCCAAUUCCACGUUAUUCAGCAUCCCCGCAAAAUGAGCACUUUGGUUCCCGAUCUGCUUUUUGGUUUUCGCAGUCCUCUAACCCUCAAGGAACUACUUGCCUGGGCCGAGGUCCGUCCUCUAACCAGCCCCGCGAACCGUGGUAGGCAAGUUGGGUUUUGCAAAAUGCGAACUGGCCUGUGAUGCGAAAGACUCUGUGACAAAUGAACUUAAGAUAAUAUUUUCAACUCCAGUGUGGAAUUAGCUGUUUGUUUACAUCUGCUAACCCCCUGCAGAAGCAGUGUACAGUAUUUUAUAAAUAUGUUCAUUUAGUAACACUGAUACGUUUGUUUCUAGAUGAAGUGAUGCUAGUGUGUAGGUAGUUAUAUAUGUUCUCAAUAUUGCAUCUGACUCAUUAUUCUUUAAUGAUAGCGAUGUAACUUAAAUGAAGUAAUCCCUCUCCAAAUCCAGUCUUAAUUUUGUGGCAACAAAAUGCAUGCUCUGCUUUAUGCGUUUCUUUUGACUUUUUAAAGACACUUAAUAUUUGACUAUUGCCUGCUGUAACACUUAACCCAGCUAGGAAUUCGCUCACAUUGUUGGGCUUCUUAUACUGUUUGGGGAUUAUGUUUGAUUUUUAAAAAUUAAAAACAAAAAAGUAACCAAGGGUUUUUUUUUUAAUCUUAUUUUAAGCUCCGAACAAAUAAUAUGAAAUAAGGUAUUAACCACAGGGUGCGUAGCUAGAGGACCCAGAGAUGGCUGGCCGACACUGUGCAGGUGUUGGCGCAUCUGUGAUGUAGGAAAGACACAUUUCUGAUCCUUUAGGGCCACUGGGUGCAAAUCGCGAAACCAGAGCGGAAAGUGAGAAGUCCCUUCGGACAGUACAGAAAGCCACAGAGCAUUAUGAAUGAGUGGCCCAAUGACGCCCGUGACCUCCCUCCUACCUGGUGGCUUUUCUACCUUGUGUGCGAGCCUGGUCCAGAGGCGAGCGAGGGGUGGGUGACUGGGGGUCUGAUCCAGAACCGGGUGACUGAAGAAGGUUGCCCUUUAAAGAAAUCACCAUGUCAUUAUCAGAAGCCUCUCUUUUCCAAAUGGAAAGGAGCCACUUUGCACAGUCUUAUAAAUGACUGCCCUUCCAACAGGGAGAGAAAACUUCUCCCAGCCUCUGCUGGCCUAAACUUUCUCUUCCCUUUCCAUGUCAGACGUUCUCUUUCCCCAUACCAGAGUCAACCAAAGCAGGGCUUGGUUCUGAUUUAAGGAAAACAAGAUUUUUUUUUUUUCUUUUCUUUUUUAAUCCACUCACAAAAGCCAUUUUGUUACCUUUUCUCUGAUGAGUUCCUUGCGCUGGUCGCUAUGACGUCAAGACGUGACGAUCUCUAUAUGUCUGUCUGAGAAAGGGUCUCGGUGGCCACGUAAUCCACCUGGCAAUAAGAGUGAGGUGAAUUUUCCCUUCCCUAAGUUCCCUUGUCUGCCAGCCCCCUUAAGCCUCCAGCCCCUUGCCUGUCUGCAUAGCGUUUAUGUGCUGGAAAGUGAAAAGGGCACACAUGGCCACAGGUCGGUGGGCUCUCUGCAGAGCUUCGGUACCAACCUUGACCCAGGCCUUCCUCCGGGAUGGGCAGGCUGCCCGGAGCAUUGGGCCGCAGAAGUAAGUUCACCUUGGCCCCCAGAUGUGCAGCUUUCUUCACCCCCCUAACUUUCUUCUUUUCUCUUGGCCCAGCACAACAGGCUUUUUGCCAAACCCACAGACCCUUGGUCCUAUGACCUCAGCACCCCGUGGAGCCUGGCACAGUAAGCUGAAACACGGGCUCCUUGGAACAGGUCAUGCUUUCAGACUUUGUCCACCCCUCAUCUUUCCACUAACCGAGGCUCUCCCCACCCACCCCGCAUUCUACCCCCUAUCCUGAACUCAGCCAGUGUUUGUGUUGGCCCCGUCCAAUUCUAUGCCUAUCUGAACCCCAAAAGAACCCCUCACGUCUUUACCCCCAUUCCCCACAUGUCAUCAGAACCAGCCGUCUGCAUCUAGAUGGUGGGGCUGCAAGCCGAAGGACAGGCAGGGCCUGACGCCAGGACACAAAUGUUCCCGUUGGACUCAAGAAAGACAACAGGAAGAAGCAGGGUUUGUGGGGCACGAGGGAACACACGUCCUAUGACAAAAACAUUCACAUUCCAAUUUGUAAACACUCUGCUAGCCAAACAAACAUGUCUGCCAGCAGCAUUCAGUCCCAGUGGCAAUAGUUUGGGACCUCUGACUUAGGGCCAGCUGGGAUCAUGUUCUUGAUCCUGACUUAGUGUAUACAAGAAAUACACCGAGAACUGAGGUGGGGGUGGAGAGGAACUCACCCUAUUCAGGGUUAUUCCUUUUCUCCUGAAUGAGAGAUGCAUGUGUAUUUGCUAGCUGCAUCUUUCUGGACCCAAAGGCAGGAUCUUUGUGAGGGGGAUUCAGAAGAAGAGUACCGUACAUAGCAUCGUAUCAAGGCUUAUCUGCUUUUUGUCACUAGAGCAUCUAACUUGAGUUUAUAUUGCUGUUCCUGCUGUGCAAAACAGUAUACAUGGUAUACUGUACUCAUAGUCAUUUCAUAACCUAGAACUUAGACUCUCAUUUGUAAGCAUUCUAACCAUAGUUUAUAAUGGGGGAAAUUAUUCAGAUAUCAUUUUUAAAUGAAUUCCUAUAAAUAUAACAAUUUUGAAAUUGGGUUUGUUAAAUAUAUAUACAUCUUUUCCUUCUUUGUGUAUGGAUAGACCGCGGUUGGCAUAUCUAUCGACAUUAUAAAUAUAUAUAAAUCCUUAGAGGAAUUGUUCUUUUUUUAAAGGUCUAUUAUUGGAUUCACAAUGCACUUUGAGCUUGUUUGUUUAGAUAUAUAAUUCGAAGCAGAAGUUGGCAGAUACCCUGGGAAAAACUUUCUGAAAUUUCUGUAACAAAUGUUUUGCAAUAAAAAAAAAAAAAAACCUCGGUAGUU